AUGGAGUUCAUGAAUCUUCCCCCCGUGAGGACAACUCGUGAAAAACUUCUGUCUCAGUCACCGAGCAUCGUAACGCGAGCUUCUGACCUAAAUGGGGGCUUCAAGUUGAUGGAGUCAUGGGACAUCGUCUUAACCAAUGAGCUCAGCUCUGUUGAGCCAAUCAACUGGCCCGCCCUGUCCAACCCUGAAGUGAGUCGUGUCACGUGUGGGUCUGGGGAAACAAGGCCUCCUCCAACUUCGGUACCGCAUUCUCCCUCGCCAUCACCUUCCGUCGGCGGCCUUGUUGGUGGUGGAGCUGGAGGUGGAGGUGGAGGUGGAGGUGGUGGGGGUGGUAGUGGCGCAGGUGGUUCUGGCUCUGGGUUUGGCUCUGGUAGCGGCUCCGGUAGCGAUGCUAGUGGUGGAAGCUAUGGCGGAGGAGGUAGGGGUGGAGGUGGUGGAGUCGGUGUAGGUGGUGGUAGUGGUUCUGGUUCUGGAGAAGGCUAUGGCGAAGGUUACAGUGGUGGUGCUGGCGGCGGCGCUGGUGGUUCUCCAGGGGAAGGUGGUCCAUGA